AUGGAAAAGCCUUCGUUGGGUUUCUUCGGGUUGUUGUGGGUUGUCCUGUCAAUUUUUCAACCGGUUGCAGGAUUAAGACCUCUCAGGGAGAGAGCUAGUUCAUGGGGUGAUGAGUGGCUUGUUGCAAGGAAAGAUGAGAAUGAAGUGGGCCCAUUCUCUGCAUGGAAUAUAACUGGGACAUACAGAGGGGCUUGGAAGUUCAUCCAGUCCUCAAAUACCUCUUCCAGGUUUCCAGAUUUUAAGAAAUCAAGUGGAAAUUCUGUAUUGGAGUUGAUGACUAGGCCAACUAAAAUAAAUGGUGUACAUUAUGUUCAGGGUGUAAUGAUUUUCCAUGAUGUGUUUGAUAAUGAACCAGAAGUUGGUCGUGUCCAAAUUAGGGUAGAAGGGGUAUACAUAUGGCCAUUCAGACAACUUCGAAUGGUAGCUAACAGUGGAAGAGAGGGAGAGUUUGGUCAAGAAGAAGAUUAUAUAUUUUCCAACCCCUACCACUUGCUUGGAGUUUUCUCAUCACAAGUAUUUCAGGAGUCCCCACGAGAUAAGAUCUGGAAGAGCAAACAAUCUCCAAUUACUGACAUGGACAAGCAUUGUAAUGUUGAAAUCUCUGCUCAAAUUUCUCGUGUCUCGUCCACCCAAAGUGAUGGAGAGCAUGAUCGUUAUUACUUGGAAGGGUUAAUGGAGAGCCCUUCUGCUGAUGAUGAUGGAGAUUGCUUCUCACCCAUGUUAAUGAAUGCUACUUCAGUCAACAUUGAGGUUUACUAUAACAAAGCAGUGAAUUACACUUUAAUGGUCACCUUUAUUUCUUUUCUUCAGGUUCUUCUAUUAAUUCGGCAAAUGGAGCAUAGUAAUACACAAUCUGGUGCUGCAAAGGUAUCGAUUUUGAUGAUUGGACAGCAGGCUAUCAUGGAUGCUUAUCUUUGUCUUUUACAUUUGACUGCAGGGAUAUUAGUUGAGUCGCUAUUUAAUGCUUUUGCUACAGCUGCAUUUUUUAAGUUUGUGGUGUUCUCCAUCUUUGAGAUGAGGUAUCUUCUUGCCAUAUGGAAGGCAGGUAGAUCUGCAAAUAAUGGAGAGGGUUGGGAAGCUAUGAGGCGUGAACUUUCGGUUCUUUACAGUCGAUUCUAUGGAAUCCUUUUAGGUGGAAUUCUGAUCAUGUAUGAGUUCCAUAGAUAUCUAAGGCCGAUACUUCUUGUUUUACACUCGUUUUGGAUUCCACAAAUCAUCACUAACAUUGUGAGUGAUUCAAGAAAACCAUUGCAUCCUCAGUAUAUAAUUGGAAUGUCUUUGACUCGGCUUGCAAUUCCACUCUAUGUGUUUGGGUGUCCUCAUAACUUCAUGCGAAUUGAACCCGAUAAAAACUGGUGUAUUACUUUGGGUCUUCUUGUCAGUUUCCAGGCUGCAGUUCUCAUUCUACAACACUAUCUUGGAUCCAGAUGCUUUAUUCCUCGCCAGAUUUUGCCCGAGAAAUAUUGUUAUUUUAGAAAAGUUGAUCAGGAUUCGGCUCAUGCCACCGAUUGUGUCAUUUGCAUGACUGCUAUUGAUCUGACUCAGAAUUCAAAUGAUUGCAUGGUUACUCCAUGUGAUCAUUUUUUCCACUCGGGAUGUUUACAAAGAUGGAUGGAUAUAAAAAUGGAGUGCCCAACAUGUCGGCGAUCACUUCCACCUGCUUAAAGUUUUAUAAUAUGGACAUUAUUAUAUCAUUACCACUCUGCUCAUGGCAAUGGUUGAUCAUGGAUGUUGAAUUGCAGCCGAGAGGAUAUUAGCCAAAAAUGGACUUUUGUAGAAUGUAAAAAAAAAAAAAAAAGGGUGAGAGGGGCAGGCUGCAUAAAAACUGUAUAUUGUACAUUAUGUAACUCAUUUCAAAGUUUCCUGAAUUUAUUCCUCAUGAAUAUUGACCUGAGAAACCACAUUCCAAGCUACUAAUUUGUACGAAUGUUUAUUAAGAUGU